GAUUGGCGCUCUGCGACUCUUUAGAGGCGGAUUCACACUGUAACGCAACACUUUUGUUUCUCGCUCGAGCUUGUCUCCGCGGGUUUGCGAAUGAGGUGGCGCAGUCGGAGUUCUCUGCGGCCUUUGCAGUCGAGUAAUACAUAAAACGUCUUUCAAGGGAGUAGCAAUAAAUACAUUUAAGUGAUAUUGCUUAUUUCGAGGAUUGACGUAUACAAGAACUCGGAAAUCCAUGGCGGUUAAAACGGUUUGCUAAAGCAAAAAUAUAUCCUGCCAAUGCAUCAUGCUAUACAGCUUUUAGGAAGUCCAAGGAAAGGAUCAUAGAAGUUUUUAACAACCUGGAGUUGAAAUUCUUGCAAUGGCCUUCGCAAACUACAGCAGCUUAAACAGAGCACAGCUCACCUUCGAGUACCUGCACACAAACUCGACAACCCAUGAGUUCUUGUUUGGAGCUCUGGCUGAACUGGUGGACAAUGCAAGGGAUGCCAAUGCAACAAGAAUUGACCUUUAUACAGAGAAGAGACCUGACCUCAGAGGUGGUUUCAUGCUGUGUUUUCUUGAUGAUGGGACUGGAAUGGAUCCAAAUGAAGCUAGACAUGUCAUCCAGUUUGGGAAAUCUAGCAAGAGAUCCCCAGAGUCCACACACAUUGGCCAGUAUGGCAAUGGUCUUAAAUCGGGCUCUAUGAGAAUUGGAAAAGACUUCAUUCUUUUUACAAAGAAAGAGGACAUGUUAACCUGCCUCUUUCUGUCUCGAACUUUUCAUGAGGAAGAGGGCUUGGAUGAGGUUAUUGUGCCUCUCCCAACGUGGGACAGCACAAGCAUGCAGCCUGUCACACAGGACCCAGAAAAGUUUGCCAUUGAGACAGAGCUGAUCUACAAAUACUCGCCUUUCAAAACGGAAACUGAAGUCAUGGAGCAGUUCAAGAAAAUCGAAGGAGUAUCUGGUUUGUCCUCUUUAUGUUGGCCAGGAUGGAGUACAGUUCAUUUGUGAAUAUUGUUAUAGAUAUCUGUAUUUGGAUGACGAUUUCUGAUUUUUAAAUCUGGGUUUAACCCCCUGGGGUCUGAGGCCUCUUUUCCACUUUCGGGG